UCCAGAGUUAUCACAUCCCAUUUACAGACUUUUGGAAGUACACUAGUUGUGGGAAAAGCACUGGACAAAGUCAACAUGGUAUCUGUGUCUUUUCAUUAGGCAUAUACUGAGUGUAAAUACCGAAUCGAAUAUGUUCAAAUCCUGUCAGCGACUCAAUAUUUUUUUCUUUUUCUUGUGACGUGCUGAUUAAUCAUGUAGUUCAUAUUUAUUUACCUAAGUUUAAAAGUUACCAUCUGGCUCUCUUUAUUUCUACAAUAUUGUAACAAAGAAAAACUUCAUGACCCCUUUUUUCAUAAAUUUUUUCUAAAUGUAUUUGAUCACAUGUUUGCAAGUCAAUUUUCAAAAAGAUAAGAACCUUGAGAAUGUCCCUAAGUAGGCUGCAAUCUCUUUAUAAGCUUUUAUAUGCCCAUUUGACAUAUUUAAUUUUUUGGCUAAGCUGGAAAGCUUGUUAGUUCGCAUACCAGAGUAUCAAAAAUGAUUUUUAAUACUCACGAGGGCUGAGUUGUUCAAAGCUGGGUUAAGAUAACCCAGGGUUAGUGGGAAAUUUGAAUUCAGAUUUGAAAGCUUAAAAAGCAUGUUUAGUUAAAUUCUUUGUAUCUACAAUAUGAUGAUUGGAUGAUCUUAAUAGAAAACAGAAAAUUAUCUGAGAAAAUGCUUAAUUCGAAUAAAAGGAAAAGAAACCGGCAUUAAAAUCUAAACUCAGGUUAGCGCUAAUCGGCCUUCGAACAACUGGGCCCCAUAUUAGAACAAGACAUCCAAGACAUUCUUGGAUUCUGGAUUCCAUCCACGUGCACCCUGUGGAUUCCGGAUAAUUCUAGUAACUGGAUUUCAGAUCGCUUGUCAGUGGAACUUGGAUUCUGGAUUCCAACUGUUAGUGGGAUUUGGAACUUCUUGCGCUGAAUUCCCAGAAUUCUGGAUUCCUCAAACAAAAGUUUGACAGAUUCCGGAAUCCCAAUUACCGUACAAGGGGCAAACUUUCCUUGCUUGAUAUGCAUUGUAUUACUAGAAAAUGACUCUGAUUGUAUUUGUUUUUGUAACACUGCAGAUGGUCAACACCUUGGCAUUACUGUUGUCCUCUGAGGAGCGACGAAGAUCACGUUAUGCUGUAGAGACUCUCUCUAAUGACUCUGAUUUGUACGAUUCUGAUCUGUUUGUUCAAGGCUUGCUUAAGGUGCUUACUAGAGCUAGCUUCUGUUUGUCAAUAAAAUAUUUCCGGUUACAUUAGACGUUUCAGAGCUUCUCAUGGCGAAAUGGCUUUGGUUGGGCUCACUCUAGGUUUUGAUCGACUUCAUGCUUGCGUUUACACUCUGAUAAAUUACCCCAGCGAAAGAGAAAACGUUGCCGCGAUUUUGCAACUAAAGAAAAUAAGCUGUUGACUUUUUUGACGUUUUAAAAGUUUACUAAAACAGUUCUGAGUGUUGAAAACUAAAGCUGGUGUUAUGGUCGGGACCAUUUUGCCAGCUUAAGAUUGCUGAAACGCGAGGCGUUUUAGCAACUAGUUCUUGCUCACGUUUCCAAUUCUUGUAUGUUAAAUGAAAUCCCAGGAAAUAAAACAAGACGGUGCCGAAGGGGUUUGACACGGUAGGUCUCAAGAGUGAACAGUUUUAUCGCUUUAUUACUACUAAGAACGAAUUAUCCGGGUUCCUUAUAGAUUCUGCCUUUUUACAAGGCGGGAAGUGGAAUAUCUAGGUAAGAUGGCGUGAGACUGCAUGGGACUGUUUGUAUACACGGUUGCGGGAUGCAGGGAUUUAGGGAAACUUUGGGUCGGGACGACAACAUUAAAGAACCCUCUCUCAUGAAUACCCUCAAAUUAUGGGAUCAUGUCUCUUUGUACAUUAGAGCACCAAGGAUCCUUUCAGUCUUCCAGUUAAAGGAAUCAUCACCAGUAGCCUUCCCAGCACUCUGGUUGACCUGGAUACGGGUGAAGUCAAACAGACGUGCCCCUUUAACGAACAUGUGGUCAUUAGAAAAGAGUUUAUUGACAUCGAGUUGGCGCUGCUGCUAGAGGAGGCGGAAGAUGCUCCAGUAUUCCCUGCGCUGUGAGUACUUAAAAAAUUUCUUCUUGACACCGUGCGACUUGAGCAUCCAUAAUUUAUGUCUUCUUCUUGGUCAAUCGAGUAGGAGAAAAAAAGGCUCUGUGCGUAUCCCGUCAAACCUUUGAAAUCGCCAAAGCCCGGAACUUUUGGACUGGUCAUUCCUGUUUUCCCUGAAACUUGUUUUUCGAGUGCGAGCAUCCGUUUAUUGAUACUGGUGAUCAUAACUGAUGUUUUCACUGGCGUAAAUGAAACUGAGUAUUUUUCUUUAUUCAAGGGGCUUAUUUCACAACUCAGAAGAAGCUGGUAUGCUGGUACAAGCGUUCUUGCAUGAUGUAAGUAACAAUUACACAAAAACAGGAACCAAAUAAGAACGGCGCACCGGUCUCCGACUCCUCGUGCCGUGUCCGAUGGAUAGCUUUAUCCAACGUUUGAACAACCCAGGCAUGGUCUAUAUGCUGGCUAGUAAGCAAUAGAAAUGAAUCAGUGAUGGCACAAUUUGUUUUUCCUUCUCUCUCGCAAUCGACCUUCCAAAAGACUACGCCGUCGUUUAUGAUCACUGAGGGUCUUGCUCGUUUAAUGACUUGAAAGCUGGCAGCCUGAUAUGGUGGCGGUUUUGUUUGGCCAACGCGGAAAUGAGUGAAAAAGCCAGGAAAACGCGCGUGUCUCUCUCUCUUUUUGCCCCUUUCUACUAGCGGCUCAUUUACGGGUUUGGCAGACAAGCUAUGAAGCUGGAGGCAAAGCUGAACCUAAUUGGCCUUUCAGAUCAUAAUGAUUUACAAUUAGUGGUAGCAUACUGCAAGCUUUAAUAAUACAUCAAACCCUUAAUACCCAUACUCCCAUGAAUGAUAUCUAUCAUGACAAACCCUAAGUUAUUCAGUAGUUGAUCCACUGUUUGAUAAUUACAUUUGUACAUCUGUUCACUUCACAGCUCAAUCUCCUUCCUUACGUUUGCGGUGUCCGCGAGGGAUUUAUCGAUAAUUUCCUGCGUCUCCUUGACAGAAAAGCUCUCUCACUCAUCAAAUACGUGGAAGCUAAAUCGUAUGUAUAAUAUGCCCGAUAAUAAAACCGGGUCGAAUUACGGCAGUUUAAUUGUAAGUCUGCUAAAGGUUCUUUAAUUAAUUGGAACCCAAACCCUUCCCCUAACACGUUCAGUGGCACCUGCUCAUGUAAAUUCAACUCAGAGAAUGAAUUUAAAUGAAUAUGAUUUCAAUGUGAAAUGUAACCCUAAGUUCUGUAGCGUUAACAAUCCUUUCAAGUUUACCUGUUUGCAACGCUCAUAAUAGAGUAUUGACGUACGCCAACCGGAAGAGGACUUUUUGCGUUCUUGGGCAUUAGUUUGCAACGCUCAUAAUAGAGUAUUGACGUACGCCAACCGGAAGAGGACUUUUUGCGUUCUUGGGCAUUAGUUUUGCCUAAUUUUUCGGGAAAAUCGUCUCUUGUAAAUUCAUCUGAGUUGAGUUGAAUUUACCGCCGCCUGGUUGGCUCAGUUGGGAGAGCGACGGUCUGCUGAGCGGAAGGUCACGGGUUCGAACCCCGGCCGGACCAACACUCAGGGUCUGGCAGCCUCAGGGUCUUUAAAUAACUGAGAAGAAAGUGCUGCCUUUUUAAUGACACCUGCAAACGGUUAGACUUUCUAGUCUUCUCGGAUAAGGACGAAAAACCGUAGGUCCCGUUUCACAGCACUUACACUCAUCUGGUUCUUGUGGGACGUAAAAGAACCCACACCACUGUUCGAAAAGAGUAGGGGACGUAGACCCCGGUUAUGUGGUCAGCCUUCACACUUCACAUCAUUCACAUCAUGGGUUCAGGGCAAGAAACUUUCUUUUCAAUUUACUUGUCCCUUGGGACAAGUACAAUGUGUAUUUUGUUUGUCCGAACCACAAAACUACUCGUCCAAAAAUAGACAACCACAACAAUACUAAAGGGUAAUAUAUAAACUUCAUAUUUCAUUUUAGCUAGUAGAAUUAAAACUAACAGAACUCCACAAAUUGAAAAAACAUAUCUUUUGAUACAUUUGUUUUAGUCAUUGUGUUUAUUCGGGCAGUUCGGGAAGUGGCGGUAGAAUUUCUUCUUCCUCUUCCUCUCCUUCUACUACAAUUUCUGUUGCUCCACUAGCACUGUCAUUUUUCCCCUUUGCAAUGCUUGAAUGUCUUGUUAUCCUGGCUUUUCUUCUUUUUGGAAUGUACAACAUUGCUAGUACCAUCAUCUGCAUCAUGUGUUUCCGGUGCUGACCUCUUUAAAAAGCUAGUAUAAAGUGUCGACUGAGACAAAGACAUGACGCUUGAAGAAAAGCGCUGAAACUCGCUGAAACGGGACUGACAAGCACGUGCGAUAUCGUGAGCCUGCUAUUAUGUUGUACAGCAGAACUCACAUGGAAUUUAAUGGAGGCACAUCGCACGACAAAAUCAAACACACAACGUAAACAAAAUGAUAUUUUAUUUUACUUUCUGUAAGAGCUACUUAUUUUUAGAGCACUUAGGUUAUUAAUUACGGAAAGAAUAUUUUAUUAUAUAUCCAAAGAAAACAGGUAAGUAUAGUUUCUUGACGUUUUUUAAGUUGGACCUCUACAACUCAGUCGUCCAUUCGGACAACUGGGAUCACGUUUUUCCUUGUCCGAACGGAAAAGUUACCCGUCCCAGACGUUCGGACGGCCCAAGUUUCCUGCCCUGGGGUUGGGUGGGUAGAGUAAGAUCAUAAAUGGACUGAGAGCGGCUGCCAGUGGCGCCUUUGUAUGCUGACGUCCGAGCUUACUGUUCACAUGAUAAAAAUGUAUUGUAAAGAGGGCACGUCUGAUGUCCUCUCAUCCACGACUCUUCUCUUCAUUCUUGUAUGGUAAAGACACUGAGAAAUACACAUUUGGUAGCGUCAACGCCUUUUAAAGUUAAAAAGGCCUCACUUCUGGUUAAUUAGGUCGCUCAAAAACGCCUUAGCCUAAACUCCCUGUUGAUGCGUACAUCUAACUUGUUUUAAAAUACAGACUACAUAGGAUUAGUCAGUAAAUUCCACCUUUGUUUGCUAGCACAGAACAAACGCAGUUAUCGUAGUAUUGUUUUAACGAAAAAUGCCACAUUGUAGCAACAUGGAAGCUCAAAUACGUUACAAUGCCGAUAAAUUCGACCACAAUGCCACCCUACCCCUCCCCCCGCAGGAUAAACUUUAGAUUUAUUCUUCUUCUUUAGUGCUGCUGAAUUGUUUUCUCAGCUUUUCAAUCCUUGUUAUCUCUACCACUUACAGUCAAACCUGAUCAAUCGUACCCCAAUAGAAUGUAUUUGUUUUCUCUUUGUCUCCGUGGUAGGUCAUUUGGCACAGUACCAAUGGAUCACUCUGCUAGGCGUCAGUUACGCCAGGAUCUUCAACUCGCCACGGAGGAAGAUUACUCCAUCGUGUUAACACGCGCGGAAAAACUACAUUCUGGAAUUUACACGUUUCUUAAAGGGGAUCCUCGCGAGAGUGUGGCUCGAGUCCAGGCCAAUUUCGAGUGGCUCUAA